AUGCAUCGUAACAUGGCUCUGCUAUUACUCACUUUGUUCUCCUGGCGGGCCUUUGCUGCUUCGGAUAUCACAUAUUGCUCUACCGUGAACACGGGAGCUUCGAACUCCGCUAAUGUCAGUGUAUAUCAAUCAAACGGACUAUGUACGGACACGUGUAACUCCGAUUAUGCCUUCGGAAUUCUUCAAGGGAAGAGUUGCUGGUGUUCGAACAUUGCUCCCAACAGAGCUACCAACGUCGAUACGUCGAAGUGUGAUACUGGAUGUCCAGGAUAUCCCGAUGAUAGUUGUGGAAGUGCUUCCAAGGGCGUUUUUGCUUAUAUCCAGAUGAACGAGCAUUCGCCCUCAGGAACCGCCACAGUUUCGUCGAGUACGUCGACAUCUACAGAGUCAUCGGUCAGUAGAUCUUUCCCAAGCAAAAGUUCCCUUCCAACCCCUCAACUUCGUCAGUUCAGCGUUCUGCUGUGCAUGAGAUCCAAUACGACAUCGACGGACUCUACUUCCAAAACCACCGAUGCACCUACGACGACUGCAACUCAAUCGGUUGAAACUGUUGCCGGGGAGGUCAAAACGAUCACAGUCCCCAAUUCUAAGCCAACCUCAGAUCCAAGUGCCGGUAUGUCGGAGAAGGAUAGUAGCGGCUCAGGGUUAAGUGGAGGCGCAAUUGCUGGCGUGGUUGUCGGCUCGAUUGGCGGCUUGGCUGCUAUUAUAGCCAUCUUCUUCUUGAUAUUCUUCAAGAAACGUCAGCAGCGUUCAACAAGCCCAAGUCCGAGCGUCUCCAAUGGCUUGCUAGAUGGUAGGAACAGCAAAGGUUCUCAGAUGAGCGUCGCGAACCGAGCGUUCUCGGACAACCACAGCCAUACGUUAUCUGCCGGAUCCUCAAGAUUACCAACGUUUACCGAUACUCGCUUGAAGACGGAUACUGUACUGUUCGCAGGCGGCCGUCGUGACAGUGACGUGUCACUCCAGGACAACGAAGACUAUUCUCGGCCAGUUCUUCGGGUUAGUACUUUUUGUGUUUUGUCGACUGAUUGCUUGAUAAGGCUAACGUUGACUACAUAG